UCUAGUAACAAAGAAUGGAGUGUGGAUUCGUUGCUGAUCCUGCACUGUUAACGUGCACGGUGUCGUCUGUAACGUGAACAGUGUUGAUACAGUGUUGAAUGGGGAUUUGCAUUAGGGCCGCGGCAUGCCGUGAGUCCAGGGACAGGAGUGGAUGCAGAGGACUGGAGGGAAUGAGACAGUAGGGAAGGAAAGUUUGCUCUACGGGCUGCUGGAGCUUUUAGAACGCGAUGCUGAGUUCGGGCUCGCGCGGAUGGCUUCGGUUUGACGUGUCACAAAGAGAAUCCUCCGGUGGACCCGCGCACAGAGCGAACAGGAGAACUAGGAGUGUGAGAUCGGGAUUUUCCGCUGUGACUAAGAGACUGACAGCUUGAUUACGCCGGCAGCUUCUGUAGGAGGAGGAGCAGUGUUUUGAAGGGGUUUGUAUAGACGUGUGGACACACGCCAGUGAGUAAUUUAAUGAGGCGCGUGCCAGAGCGCGUGUGACCGGCGGUAUUUAAAAAAAUAAGGAAGUCACCGUGAGCGGCUAAACACGCCUCGGGCUACUUUGUUACGCUGUUGUUACGGUACAGCGGUAUUGUUCUUAUACUACUGUAGACUGAAGCUUCACUGGCUGUUAAUACGGCUUAAUUACUUUCUCACUGAAUUCAUUUUCUUUUAUUUGUAAAUAACGGACACUGGACGCGGACAUGCUUUUGAACUCGUUUUGAAGAUGCAAAGGGUCUCGGCACAGUUCCGUUCGGCCCACGUAAUCCAGAGUGACAGAUUUUCUCAGAAGCAUACAUAGAGCAUUCAGGCCUGCUGCAGUGACGUUCAUGGAGGUCCGUUGGCUCCUGCUGCAGCUCAGAAUCAGCCUGCUGUUCCUGAGCAUUAUGGUACAGUCUGCAUACAGCCAAGGUGUGUACACCAAUUCCUGGGCCAUUCACAUCCAUGGGGGCAAGGAGGAGGCCCAGCGUAUCGCCCACAAGCAUAACUUCAUCAACCAUGGCAAUGUGUUUGGAGACUAUUAUCACUUUCAGCACAGGGGCAUCGUCAAGAGGUCUUUGUCUGCCCACCAUGAGGUUCAUGCUCGUUUGCUCAGUGAACCACAGGUGGUCUGGGCAGAACAGCAGGUUGCCAAGCAGAGAAGGAAAAGGGAUAUUUACAGUGAGCCUACAGACCCGAAGUUCCCCCAGCAGUGGUACCUAUACAAUCCCAGUCGGCAAGACCUGCAGGUGAAAGAAGCCUGGGCUCAGGGCUUCACAGGAAAGGGAGUCGUCAUUACCAUCCUUGAUGAUGGCAUCGAGAAAGAUCACCCAGACCUGAUACAGAAUUAUGACCCAGAUGCAAGUUAUGAUGUGAAUGACAGAGAUUCUGACCCACAGCCCAGAUACACACAACUGAAUGACAACAGACAUGGGACUCGCUGUGCUGGAGAGGUGGCUGCUGCAGCAAACAAUGGUGUCUGUGGAGUUGGUGUGGCCUACAGUGCCAAAAUUGGAGGUGUGCGUAUGUUGGAUGGUGAGGUGACAGAUGUGGUGGAGGCUCAGUCUCUAAGCAUCAACAACCAACACAUUCACAUUUACAGUGCCAGCUGGGGCCCAGAAGAUGAUGGGAAGACAGUGGACGGCCCUGCCAAACUAGCAAAAGAGUCUUUUCUGCAAGGAGUCACUGAGGGUCGAGGGGGCCUCGGCUCUAUUUUUGUGUGGGCAUCAGGAAAUGGUGGCCGGGAAAAGGACAACUGUAACUGUGAUGGCUACACCAACAGCAUCUACACACUAUCUAUUAGCAGCACGACUCAAUAUGGCAAUGUACCAUGGUACAGCGAGGCCUGCUCCUCUACACUUGCUACCACCUACAGCAGUGGCAACCCCAAUGAGAAACAGAUUGUAACAACUGAUCUGAGGAAGAAGUGCACAGAUUCACAUACCGGCACGUCUGCAUCAGCCCCUCUGGCUGCAGGCAUUAUUGCUCUUGCCCUGGAAGCUAAUAUGAAUUUGACCUGGAGGGACAUGCAGCACCUGGUGAUUAGAGCAGCACGUCCUGCCCACCUCAUCACAAAUGAUUGGAGGACCAAUGGUGUGGGCCGCCUAGUGAGCCACUCAUAUGGCUAUGGUCUGAUAGAUGCAAGUGCCAUGGUGGCAUUGGCUCAAAACUGGACCGGUGUGGGGCCUCAACACAAGUGUGUUAUAGACAUGCUCUCUGAAUCAAGAGAUGUGAAGAACCAUCUGGUGUUCAGUAAGAGUGUGGAUGCCUGCUUAGGACAGCCUUAUUUUGUGAGUUCAUUGGAGCAUGUGCAGGCAAGACUUACACUAUCAUAUACACACAGAGGGAACCUGGCCAUCCACCUUUUCAGCCCUCUGGGGACCCGCUCCACACUGCUAGCUCCGAGGCCCCAGGACAACUCGCCAGAGGGUUUCAAUGACUGGGCAUUCAUGACCACACAUACAUGGGAUGAGGACCCUCAAGGAGAGUGGACACUGGAAAUAGAGAAUGUGGCUGGACUUAAUGAUUAUGGUGUUCUUUCGCAGUUCACAUUAAUCCUAUAUGGAACAGGCUCCAGUACUGUGGAUUUGUCUGCUUCAGAUUUUAGUCGGCCUUCCAACAACAGCUGUAAAACAUUUGAUGCCCAGCAGAUUUGCAUUGAAUGCAGCCCUGGUUUGUGGCUCUUUAUGCAAGGCUGCGUGAAGUCCUGUCCUCCAGGUUUCACACCUGGUCUGCAACUUCUCAACCUCUCUCUGGAAAACUGGGUGGAGCAGUCCUCGGUGCAGGCCUGCCUGGUCUGCCAUCCUGCUUGUCUGACGUGCUCUGGGCCCGGUGAAGCCGAGUGUCAAUCCUGCCCACCCCAUAGGCAUCUAGUGGGCAUGUCGUGUCUGCAUCAGAACCAAGUGCAACGCAAAUCUCCCAUCAGCCCAGUGCACCACAGUGAGGGAGUGCAAGGUGCAGAUUCAGAGAUACCCAAAGUGGAGACAUCCUCCCAUCUGCCUGUACUUGUGGCCAUGCUGAGCUGUGCCUUCAUUCUGGCUACAUUCGCAGCUAUUUUUGUGCUACUACAGCUGCACUCAGGAGCAGCCAAUGCUCGCUUCUGUAGGAGGACUAAACUGCAGGUGACAGACUCAAGCGGCAGAGGUGUGCGGGUUGGAUUUGGUUUUGGUUUCGGGUUGGGUCGGGAUUUGACUAACAGCAGGGUGUUGUACCGAGGAAUUUCCACCGCGUGGAGGGACGAGGACACUGCAGCUGGGGUGAACUCAGAAUCAGAAAAUGAAGAACUGGACUUUCAAAGUGAAAAGACAGCUUUUAUACAGACACAGAGUGGUCUCUAGUGCACCAAGCAACCCAUGUUCCGCUUUUCACAUGCCUCAGUCUUCCUCUCGCAGGUCGAGUGAGCUGAUCUAUCCUUUUUUUUUUCCUCUGUCUUUCCCACCUUGUGCAUUGUAGUCAGGCCACUGAACAAGUCUGACUCACUUCAGACCUUGCUAAGUUCGGGACUCUUCCAAGAGAGUGUGUGCACACACACACAAGCAGACAGCUGUGUGUGAUAAGGUGGGAGAUACAGAGCUGUGGCAUGAGUCAUUCCUGUGAUUUGAUUUGAAUCGCUGAUGAUUCCCAGCAGGACAGGCUGGCUCCACAAGUCUGAAAGCUCUCUUUAUUUAAAUUUUAUUUUAAAUCCCUUUAUUUUGAAUUCUUAGUGGUGGUUUGAGUCAUGAGAUUUAAACUGCAAAUUAAGUUCAUUGUUUGUGAGUAUGAAUACUAAUGCCUCAUUUAGAGCUGAAAAGGGCUGAAUUUACUCCAGUUGGCCUUUAAUUAUCAGUGGUCUAGACUGAAUUUAUGCACAAUAAUUUUUGAUUAGCCAAUGAUCAUUGCAUAAAGAACAUGCAUUUAGUUUUAUCAUCAGUUGCAUUAUAUGCUAAAACUUGCUAAAUAUCUCUCUCACUCUCUUUGUGUCAGUAUGUUUGUUACAUUUACUAUAUUUGUGAUAGUUAUUGCUUAAAGAUAUCUCAAUAAGACAUCAGAUUAUUCCAGAAGAUCAUUUCGAAAACAGUGGAUGUAGACGAGCAAAAUUUGAUAAUUGAGACCUUUGAGUCAAAUUAAGCCCUUAAGCAACCUUCAUAUAACUCCAACCAGACAGUAAGCCAAAUAAUGUUGUAAUAUUGUCCAUGCAUUGAAUUGUUUGCCUUUAGUGUACUGAAUAGAAACAUGCUGAACAUUAAAAUUCAGCAUUUAUGCAGUAAUAAUUACAAGAGAAAAACCUGGACACGUUUGUAAUUCCAAGUGAAGUAGAACCCUAAUGAUUAUAAAAAGCAGUAGAUUUUAAUGCAGUAAAAUUCCAUGGGAAAACAAAGAUAUUGCUCAGUUUUUCAUAGUUUUAUAAAAAUAUUGUUAUAUACCCACUAUGAUGUAUUUUUGUCUAAUUUAAGGUAUCCUCCAUUCAGCGGUAGAUUAAAUGUUACAAUUUCAUCAUCCAUGAAGUGCAUAUGCAGAUCAAGGCUGGCCAGUUGUAGUCCUGGGGUUCAGCACAGAUUCCUGCCGAUAGACACUGAAUUUAAAAUUAGCAAAUAAGUUUUAAAUUGAGGAAAAAUGUAAAAGCUGAGAGAUCAACCUGUGCAGGUUUCUAAACUACAGUAUGCUGGCGCACUUUUGGUUUAGGUCUGCAGACUCAAAGACUCAAUCCCUAGCAGUUGAGUCCUGAAGAAUCAAUCCCUGGCAGUUUCUAGUUAAAUAAUCUCGAUAAACACACCUACAAUGAUUCGUCAGCUAAUUAUUAGGCUGGUCUGCGAUGGGGCCAAGUGUGUUGUAUUAGUUCACCUUAACAGAAUGCAUUUGCAAUACUCUGAUUUAGAUCGGCCCUAAGCAAGGACUUGUUUUGGCUAAAUUGGUUUGGAACGUCUGGGAGGUAAAAUAACCUUGUAUAAUAAGUUUUCUCUUUUCUCAUGUGGUAGGCAGAGUAAUUUUUUUUGCCCCAAAGGAAGUUUUAUUGAUUUUGAGGUUUGAUGCACUAAAAGCUGUCAGAACCAGUGUGGUAAAACGCUCAAGAGAGUGUUUGGCAUUUGUUUCACAGAAGAUCAAUGUAAGCCCUGUGAUUGGCUCUUUCUGGCUUUUGUUUUAGUAUAGUUGCAGUAAACACUGCAUUCCCCCUCGGUAAAAAUGAUGCUCAUGUGAAGCACUAAUAAUUCCUGUGUUUUGGAAAUAAUAGCUGUCAAAAUCAACUAAGUCCAUCAUUCAGUCAUGUUUAUAUUAUAAAAGAUGUCUGUUAGCGAAUUAAAUUAAUUUGAAGUAAAUUCACUUGCCACUGUUUGAAAAUUUAUUGCGAAAACAUCUAAUGCCUUUGAUUAUUUAAAUGUUUUCUCAUUAAUACUUCUUCUAAAUAUUGGUCUACAGUAUAUACUCACUAAUCACUUCAUUUGGAACACAUGCUUAACUACCCAAUUAUCUAUGUCGUGCACUAUGCAGGAGCAGAGUUCAUAAAAUCAAGCAGAUGCAGGUCAAGAGCUUCAGUUAAUUUUCACAUUAAAAAUCAGAAAAGAGGCAUCUUCAAAUACAUAACACAUCACACCCUGAGGUGAAUAAGCUACAAAGGCAGAAGAACAUAUUGGGAGCCGUUCCCAUCAGCCGAAUCCAGAAAUCUCAGGCUAUCCUGGGGCACAGACUCACCUAAACUGGACAGUUGAAGACAGGUUGGAUUUUUUUCUAACCUUCUAUUAGUCAAUUUAAGAUAAAUCUACAGCAAACUGUGUUGAAGUGUGCAUUCUGACUUUUUCUCUCCUCCUGUCAGUCCAUUCAGUACAUAUAUUGACACACAACACUGCUGAGCCGAGACCUGACCAACUGAAGCAACCCCAAGUUAUAGCACUGUCUCCCGAUGCUUGUCCACUGGGCACUAGGCAUGAUUGGUGCAUAGCUUCAUGCACUUCCCUCCUUACCCUGAUGCACCCAUCACUCUUGAAUAAAGUCAAUCUGAACACA